UCAAAUUCACUCCCAAAUUGAUAAUGCGAUUUCAAUCGCAGCGAUCUGAGUCGCCGUUGCUGAAUUCCUCGGGGUUUGAUCGGACUAGUGCUUUACGACACAGCUGCGGCGGCGGAGAAGAAGAAGCUUAGGGUUAGGGUUUUGAGUUUCGGGAGGUAUGUUGACGGCGGAGGAUGGUUCUAAUUGGAGCGACGCACCGGGCGCCGCCGGUGAAUUUACCGGCGAUGAUUUCGACGUCGACGGCGAGGACAUGUGCAUGGAUCUCGAUUCGUUAUAUCGUAUUCUCGAUGAAGAGCCUCAGAGUUGUCCGGAGGAUUCAUUACUGGGAACCGGAUUGCAAGGUGAGGCAGUUUCAGGUGAUGGUUACCGUGAGGAUACGCAGCUACAAAGUGGAUCACAAGUUUUAGAAGCAGAACCAUCAGCUGAUAUAGUGGGGCCUGGUUCAUGGCAUCCUCCAUACAGCUCUGAAGCUUCGGAUUCUGGGGAAGGGGGUCCGGGUGGUUCGUUUGAUUCUGCUGGGAAUCCUGCAAUGGUCUUUGACUACAAUGAUAGCAUACCAGCAGCACACACUGGCUCUCCUGGUCCAUGGCAUCCUUCGUAUAUCUCAGAAGCAUCAGAUUCUGUGGCAGGGGGUCCAGGGUGUUCUUUUGAAUCUGGAGGGAACCCUGCUAUGGAUUUUGAAAGAGAACCACCAGCACAGACCGGCUCUCCUGGGAAUGUGUACCCUGCAGGUCUUCAAGACUGGAUUUCGUUGGCUCCAUGCCCGGAGACUGACUUCACUGAGAGGGUUGGCGUUUCACAGCCCACUUGUAGCACCACUUCUAGUUUUGAAGACGUACACCAUGCUUUAAACCGAGGAGAUCUCAAUAUCCUGCAGGGGAAAGCAGAUCUGGCAGGGAAAGUUGAUUCUGAAUAUUCUUCACAAAGCAUUGGCAUUGAUAACAUGGACAUGAGUUCCAGACCUUAUGGUGCUUUCGGGGAAAACACCACAGAAUCCUUGGGACCAUCGGAAAAUAAUUCUUGUACAUCUAUGGAAGUGCCCAUUCUAGAUGUUGAUAUAUGUUCACCACAUGUUACUUCUACCGAGUCCACUCUCUGUCAAGAUUCUGAUCUUUUCAGUGACCACUAUACAGCUACAGAUGGUAUGAGCUUUGACAAUACAUAUUUGGCAGAGUCCUCAGUCCAGCAUAGUCCUUAUAGCUACUGUACAUUUUAUCCAAGUAACAAAGAAAUGAUGACUAAUGUGAAGAAUGAAUCAGUGGAGUUUCAAACUGAUAGUUCAUGCUCAAGCAGUAAGAUGAAUAUAAAUUGUCAGGAGGGAAUAAUUGGUGCAUAUAGCUUUGAUUCGCCAAUGAUUGAUGCCUCAGAUAUGAAGGACUGGAAUUUUGAUUAUGGAAGUCUUAAUUGUAUUUCGGCAGUUAGUGGGAAAUCUUCUUUGGAUACUCACUCUUGUCCUGUUGAUAACAAGGCAUCGGUCAAGCCUUUGGGUUUUACUAAGACUUACAUGUCAAGCGAACGGGAAUUCCAUGGAGUGAAGGAUGAAAAUAUUAAUGAGUUGGGUGCUCCUAGUACCGAUAUGUUUCAUUCUUUUUCAUUCAUGGAUGACAGUAGAAUAUCGUCUUACAAUGUUGAUGGUAGUUAUUUUGAUAAGGAACCAAAGCUCGCAGGUUAUGAUGUACCUACUCAGCCAUUUGGAAAAUUAGUGUGCACUGAGGAAGACAUGAUUGUUGACAGUAAGAGAACUUUUUCCAAGGGUAUUAUAUCUCAUAUUGGUGGUGGAUCUGGGAAUCUAAAUGGUUUGGAAUAUCAGUUUCCAGCUGCUCAGCCAUUCUCUUCAAACAAGAAUCAGGGUUACAAUAUGGACAGACUUGAAGCUGUACGCUCUCUGCCUGAAACCAUGGGUUUUCCUCCUUCAAAAGUCAGCCCUGAGUCUAUUCAUAGUAACUCCUCAGAAAAAUCCCCUGCAGAAGAUGACUAUGAUGUAUGCAUUAUUGAAGAUAUCAGUGAUCCUGCACCCAUGCAUCGCCUUCCAGUGGUUAGCAAUACUCGUUACCCUGCGCCCUUGAAUCGCCCUCUAGCAGUUGGAAGUAACAUUGUCAGUUCACAACAAUCUAGUGAUCACGACACUGGGGUAGGAGGAAUGCGAUUCAGGACAAGGGAUGAGCAAUUGAUCUUGAGAGUAGCAUUACAGGACCUUUCACAGCCCAAGUCAGAAGCCCUUCCACCAGAUGGAGUUUUAACAGUACCUCUCUUACGACACCAGAGAAUUGCAUUGUCAUGGAUGGUUCAGAAGGAGACAGCUAGCUUGCAUUGUUCUGGAGGAAUUCUUGCAGAUGAUCAGGGAUUGGGAAAAACGAUAUCGACAAUUGCACUCAUACUUAAGGAAAGGCCUCCUGCUUCUGGAGCCUGUCAAGAUGAAAAAAAGUGCAAGCUGGAAACUCUGGAUUUGGACAUGGAUGAUGAUGAUAUGCUUCCUGAGGUUAGCAGAAGGAAGCAAGAUACUGAUGCUCAUUCAAGUGUUUCAAAUGAGUCUUCCGAAAUGAGCAUGAAAUCCUUGACACAAACAAAGGGAAGGCUAGCUUGUGGAACACUCGUUGUGUGCCCCACAAGUGUCUUGCGGCAGUGGGCAGAGGAGUUGCGUAAUAAGGUAACAGAAAAAGGUAAACUCUCGGUGUUAGUCUACCAUGGAGGCAAUCGAACGAGGGAUCCGUGUGAACUAGCUAAGUAUGAUGUUGUCCUCACAACAUAUUCAAUUGUCAGCAUGGAGGUCCCAAAGCAGCCUCUUGCUGAUGGAAAAGAUGAGGAGAAAGGAAAGCAAGAGGACUAUGAUUUUCCACAUAUGGGGUUUUCAUCUAAAAAAAGGAAAUAUCCUAAUAAAUGCUCAAAGGGUAAGAAGAGAUUGGAGACUGCAGUGCUGGAGUCUCUUGCUCGCCCUCUUGCUAAGGUUGGAUGGUUUAGGGUUGUCUUGGAUGAAGCCCAGAGUAUCAAAAAUCACAGAACUCAAGUAGCUAGGGCCUGUUGGGGGCUUCGAGCGAAACGUAGGUGGUGCUUAUCGGGGACACCUAUCCAGAAUGCGAUUGAUGAUCUUUAUAGCUACUUCAGAUUUCUGAGAUAUGACCCCUAUGCAGUCUACCAGAUGUUCUGCACAACAAUAAAAAUUCCAAUCAGCAAAAACCCAACAAAAGGGUACAAAAAGCUACAAGCUGUUCUGAAGACAAUUAUGUUACGCCGCACAAAAGGCACACUUCUUGAUGGAGAACCUAUAAUUAGUUUACCACCAAAAUUCAUAGAAUUGAAAAGGGUGGAAUUCUCAGAUGAAGAACGAGAUUUUUACUCCAGGCUAGAGUGUGAUUCACGCGCUCAAUUUGAAGAAUAUGCAGCUGCUGGAACUGUGAAACAAAAUUAUGUUAAUAUUUUAUUGAUGCUGUUGCGACUUCGACAAGCUUGUGAUCACCCUCUUCUUGUCAGACGUUAUGAAUCACAGUCUUUGUGGAAAUCUUCUAUUGAGAAGGCGCAGAAGCUUCCUCAUGAAAAACAAGUAUCCCUUGUGAAGUGUUUGGAAGCUUCAUUGGCAAUUUGCGGCAUCUGCAAUGAUGCGCCAGAAGAUGCUGUUGUUUCUGAAUGUGGUCAUGUCUUCUGUAGCCAAUGCAUUGGUGACUAUCUCACAGGUGAUGAGAACCAGUGCCCCCACACAAGUUGCAAAGUUCGACUGAAUGUGUCUUCAGUGUUUUCAAAAUCCACGUUAACCAGUUCACUUUCUGACCAACCUAGUCAAGGGGGAAUGGAUUCUGAAGUUUUUGAUGCUGUAGAGUCUUUCUAUGAAGAUAGCUCGUACAAUUCUUCCAAGAUUAAGGCUGCGCUUGAGGUUCUCUGCUCGAAGUGUAAACCAAAGAUUUGCACUACAGAAAAUAGUUGUUUACCGGAAAACUGUGAUAAAAAUGCCAGCUGCUCUACAACUUCUGAUAUUGAUGGGGCUGAGUCACUUGAGGACGGUUCUGAUGGACAAAACCUGGAUGUGGACAGAAGUCCUAAGAAAAUUGAGAAGGUAGUUCGAGAGAAAGCAAUAGUCUUUUCACAGUGGACUAGGAUGCUGGACUUGCUUGAAGCAUCUCUUAAAACUUCUGGCCUCGAGUACAGAAGACUUGAUGGAACAAUGUCAGUUGUUGCCAGAGAUAAAGCUGUAAAGGAUUUUAACUCUCUUCCAGAGGUGUCAGUUAUGAUCAUGUCUUUGAAAGCCGCCAGUCUUGGUCUGAACAUGGUUGCAGCCUGUCAUGUACUUCUUUUGGACCUGUGGUGGAAUCCUACGACAGAAGAUCAAGCAAUUGAUAGAGCACAUCGUAUUGGGCAGACUCGUCCUGUUACAGUUUUACGGUUGACUGUGAAAAAUACAGUCGAAGAUCGUAUAUUAGCUCUUCAGGAAAAAAAGAGAGAGAUGGUGGCAUCUGCUUUUGGAGAGGAUGAAACUGGUGGUCGUCAGACUCGCUUAACAGUUGAUGAUCUCAAGUACCUGUUUAUGAAGUGACUUGAUAGGUUUGAUAGGUUGAACAGAUUUGUUCUGCUAACAAAAGGCAUUGUCUAUAGGUUUGUUUUUGGCUUUGGCCGCAUCAGAAUUGAUACUUGGAGGGUUAUCUGACAAUAGAUCUAGAAAAGGAAUAGCAUGGGGGCUCUUAUCAGCUAGAUGUUAAUAGUCCAUAGAAUCUCACAUGAUCAAGGUUUUUACUUACCAUUUUUUUUUUCGCCUUUAUAGUUUCUCUAUUCUUUCCCUGUGUUGGUUGUUCUCCAUCAGUGUAUAGGUUUGUAGAUUUAGUCUAAAGCAAUCAAAGAUAUGAAAGUCCAAAGAGUCUUGUUUUCGUUUCCAUUUGUAAAUCAUACAAAGCAUUUCCCCUGGUUCUUUUCUCAUUACUGUAAAUUUGCUAAACUGUUCAGCAAUGUGGCUUCAUGUUCACCAUGAUAUAGCAGCAGUGUUCGAUAACAGUUGUUUGGAAUGGAAGUGUUGGUGUUGCUU